UUUGUGGUUGCUGGGCGGGGCCGUGACGUUCUUGCCCGGGCUGCAGGGGGAGGCCGCGGCGGGGAAGAUGGCGGACGGGAAGGCGGGAGAGGAGAAGCCGGAGAAGCCGCAGCGAGCCGGAGCCGCCGGAGGACCUGAAGAAGAAGCAGAAAAACCUGUGAAAACUAAGACUGUUUCUUCCAGUAAUGAAGGGGAAAUUUCCAGUCACAGCGCUGAAAAGCGAUCAGCUGAAGACGAAGCUGCAGACCUCCCAACAAAGCCUACAAAGAUGUCCAAGUUUGGAUUUGCCAUAGGUAGUCAGACGGCACGGAAAGCAUCUGCCAUCUCCAUUAGACUCGGAGCAAGUAAGCCUAAGGAAACAGUUCCAACUCUUGCUCCAAAAACUCUUUCGGUAGCAGCAGCUUUCAAUGAAGAUGAAGAUAGUGAGCCAGAAGAAAUGCCUCCAGAAGCAAAGAUGAGGAUGAAGAACAUUGGAAGGGACACACCAACAUCAGCCGGACCAAACUCCUUUAAUAAAGGGAAGCAUGGCUUUUCCGAUAACCAGAAGCUGUGGGAGCGAAAUAUAAAAUCUCAUCUUGGAAAUCUGGGAGAAAUGAGAGUUGUCUCUGAGUACAUCCAGCUGGGCUACAGUUCACUUGCAGAGAUAUAA